CGAGUCGUCUCGCUGAGUGGUAGCGUUAGCGGUGUCUGGUCACGGGUGGAGGUAUCCUGGGGCCACUAAUUGUGAUUACAUCUGAAAAGUUGUAGUCCCGGAUUUCCUGUGCAGUGCUGCUCCGAGAAGUCCAAACUGAAGCUUGUGGAAAGCGGCUGAAUCAAAUUAGGUGUUCAGCUGGGCACCAGUAUAACAGUAUUGCAGUCGGCGCCCAGUUGCAUACCGCGUACAGGAGCCACUUUUUACCGUGAACACAAAAUGUCUGAACGCGAGGAAGAAAGUCCCACUCCUCUGGGAUCAGAGAAUCAAUCGAAUGCCUCGUCAGAGAAGGGGAGCGACACAUAUGAAAUGUCACGGGAGAAAGAUCGGUCGAAAAGAUUCGACUUCUUGCUCAAGCAAACGGAGAUCUUUGCACAUUUCAUGUCGACGGCAGGUCGUCACAAGCCGAGCUCGCCGCUCAAGGUCAAACCAGGACGGCCCAAAAAAGUCCAGACGGAGGUGGCUGACGGAGACCAUCGUCACCGCAUGACGGAGCAGGAUGAGGACGAGGAGCUGCUGGCAGAGGCGGGCAAAGGCACCAAGGCCAUCGUCCGCUUCGACGAGUCGCCGCACUACAUCAAAGGCGGCAAGCUCAGGGACUACCAGGUGCGUGGCCUGAAUUGGAUGAUAGGACUCUACGAAAAUGGCAUCAACGGCAUCCUGGCUGAUGAGAUGGGAUUGGGAAAAACGCUGCAAACCAUCUCCCUUCUCGGCUACAUGAAACACUACCGCAACAUCCACGGUCCCCAUAUGGUGAUUGUACCCAAGUCGACGCUGUCCAACUGGAAGAACGAGUUCACGCGCUGGUGUCCGACUCUGCGCGUUGUCUGUCUGAUCGGAGACCAGGAGACCCGGAACGCCUUCAUCCGUGACGUGCUGCUGCCGGGUGAGUGGGACGUGUGCAUCACGUCCUACGAGAUGUGCAUCAAGGAGAAAUCUGUCUUCAAGAAGUUCAAUUGGCGCUACAUGGUGAUCGACGAGGCGCAUCGCAUCAAGAACGAGAAGUCGCUGCUGUCUCAGAUCGUGCGCGAGUUCAAGACGUCCAACCGCCUCCUGCUGACGGGCACGCCGCUGCAGAACAACCUGCACGAGCUGUGGGCGCUGCUCAACUUCCUGCUGCCGGACGUGUUCAACUCGUCCGAGGACUUCGACGACUGGUUCAACACCAACGAGUGUCUGGGCGACAACUCGCUGGUGGAGCGGCUGCACGCCGUGUUGCGGCCCUUCCUGCUACGACGCCUCAAGUCCGACGUCGAGAAGAGUCUGCUGCCCAAGAAGGAGGUCAAGAUCUUCGUCGGUCUCAGCAAGAUGCAGCGCGAGUGGUACACAAAGAUCCUGAUGAAGGACAUCGACAUCGUCAACGGCGCCGGUAAGCAGGAGAAGAUGCGCCUGCAGAACAUCCUGAUGCAGCUGCGCAAGUGCUGCAACCAUCCUUACUUGUUCGACGGUGCCGAACCGGGCCCGCCGUACACCACCGACUACCACCUGGUGGAGAACAGUGGUAAGAUGGUGGUGCUGCACAAGCUGCUGCCCAAGCUGCAGGAGCAGGGCUCCCGCGUGCUCAUCUUCUCCCAGAUGACACGUAUGCUCGACAUUCUGGAGGACUACUGCUUCUGGAAAAACUACAUGUACUGUCGCAUCGACGGUCAGACGGCCCACGAAGACCGCCAGCGGCAGAUCGACGAGUUCAAUGCGCCCGGCUCCAGCAAAUUCAUUUUCAUGCUGUCCACACGCGCCGGUGGCCUGGGUAUCAACCUGGCCACGGCCGACAUCGUCAUCCUGUACGACAGCGACUGGA